GGGAUGUGAGACUCAGAUUGAAACCCUAGAAUCUUAUAUUCCCAAAAGAGAAUGAAAGAAAGAGGGAGCCUUUUGAUUUUGGGGGAGCUUGCUUGCUUCGGUUUGGUCCACUCGCUCCACCCCGUCGCGUGAGAAAUUUUUUUCUGUACUCUCUUUUGCACUCAAACCCAUCUUCGUCUUGCUGAAUCUUCAUCUUCAUCUUCUUCGUGCGGAGAGUUAUUAUUACCCAGAGAGGUACUCUUCAAUUACUGUGAGAAGAUCUUGUUUUCAUUUCUCAGUUGUGUUUUUGUUGGGAGUAUGUUUUGGGGGGAAAGCGGUGAGUGACGUACAGUUAGACCCAAGUUCCAACAGACAAAACCCAUUCCCUAAUUUGACUUGCUACUCGCUCAGCGUGCGUGACCCAAACCCUAAAACAUUUCCCCCUUUUCAAUAAAAACGCUCUUCCCCACACGCGCGCCCCUGCUUCCCAGCUUUUUUUCCUCAGAUGCCAUACUUCAUACUUGACGAAAUGAAGACUUUUAAAUUUUGACUGGGAUAUCAAAGUUCCUUUCAGCAAAUGAACCUAAAGCUAUUGACACAGUUUAGAAGCACAAAGCAGGUUUCAGAAUGUGAGCAUGAGCAGAAUGUGAGCCGGACCAAGAAGGGACAAACUUUGCCAGAUUCAAGGUUUUAAGAGUGUUUGAAGGUAACAUUGGAUGGUCAUUUGCCAGGCGUGAUUUAUUCUCAUCAUGGACAUAGAUCUUAGACUCCCUUCUGGCGACCAUGAUAAGGAAGAUGAACCAAAUGCAAUCGAUAACAUCUUGAAUGGUGAUGAGAAACUGCAUAAUGGAGAUGUAGAAGGUGAAAAUAUGGUUGAUGUUGGAAUGGACGUACGUGUUGAAGAUGGUGGGGAUUUGAAUUCUCCCACAGUGGAUAUGGUAGUGUUUAAAGAGGAUACGAAUCUUGAGCCUCUUUCUGGUAUGGAAUUUGAAUCUCAUGGAGAAGCUUAUUCAUUCUAUCAAGAAUAUGCUCGGUCUAUGGGAUUCAACACUGCAAUACAAAACAGCCGGCGUUCUAAGACUUCAAGAGAAUUUAUUGAUGCCAAAUUUGCUUGUUCUCGAUAUGGGACCAAGCGAGAGUAUGACAAAUCCUUCAAUAGACCACGUGCCAGACAGAACAAGCAAGAUUCAGAAAAUGUGACUGGUCGACGGUCAUGUGCAAAGACAGACUGCAAAGCAAGUAUGCAUGUGAAGAGAAGGGCAGAUGGAAAAUGGGUUAUACAUAGUUUCGUCAAGGAGCAUAACCAUGAGCUAUUACCAGCUCAGGCUGUGAGUGAACAAACAAGGAAGAUGUAUGCUGCAAUGGCUAGACAAUUUGCCGAAUACAAAAAUGUGGUUGGUCUCAAGAAUGACCCCAAAAACCCAUUCGAUAAAGGUCGGAAUUCGGCACUAGAGGCAGGAGAUGCUAAGAUUUUACUUGAUUUUUUUGCACAGAUGCAAAGUAUGAAUUCUAACUUCUUUUACACAGUAGAUCUGGGAGAAGAUCAGCGGCUGAAAAAUUUGUUCUGGGUUGAUGCCAAAAGUAGGCAUGACUAUAACACUUUUAGUGAUGUAGUGUCAUUUGAUACUACUUACAUUAGAAACAAAUAUAAGAUGCCUCUCGCUUUAUUUGUUGGGGUGAAUCAACACUAUCAGUUUAUGUUGCUUGGAUGUGCCUUGAUAUCAGAUGAAAGUGUGGCAACAUUUUCUUGGUUAAUGCGGAUGUGGCUGAAAGCAAUGGGUGGGCAAGCUCCGAAAGUAAUAAUUGCUGACCAUGACAAAGCCAUUAAAUCAGCUGUUUUGGAGGUCUUUCCUGAUGCUCGUCAUUGCUUUUGUUUGUGGCAUAUAUUGGGGAAGGUUUCUGAAAAUUUUGGUCAUGUAAUCAAACAGCAUGAAAAUUUUAUGGCAAAACUUGAAAAAUGCAUCUUCAAGUCAUGGACAAAUGAAGAGUUUGAAAAAAGGUGGUGGAAAUUUCUUGAUAGAUUUGAACUCAAAGAGGAUGAAUGGAUGCAGUCACUAUAUGAAGAUCGUAAAUUAUGGGUGCCAACAUACAUGAAAGAUGUGUGUUUGGCUGGGUUGUGUACAGUUCAGCGAUCAGAAAGUGUUAAUUCCUAUUUUGAUAAGUAUGUGCAUAAGAAGACCACUGUUCAAGAAUUUGUGAAACAGUAUGAAUCAAUUCUACAAGAUCGGUAUGAAGAGGAAGCCAAAGCAGAUUCUGACACGUGGAACAAACAGCCUGCAUUAAAAUCUCCUUCACCUUUGGAGAAGAGUGUUUCAGGGGUGUACACACAUGCAGUGUUCAAGAAAUUUCAGGCUGAGCUUCUAGGAGUAGUUGCUUGUCAUCCUAAAAGAGAAAGCCAAGAUGAUAAUACAGUCAUUACUUUCCGAGUUCAAGAAUUUGAAAGGAGUCAAGACUUUUUUGUUAUAUAUAAUGAAAUGAAAUCUGAAAUUUCCUGUAUAUGUGGGUUAUAUGAGUACAAAGGUUAUCUUUGUAGACAUGCAAUGAUUGUUCUUCAAAUUUGUGGCCUUUCUGCCAUCCCAUCCCAAUAUAUUUUGAAACGGUGGACAAAAGAUGCAAAGAGCAAGCAUUUGUCGGGAGAAGAAUUGGGACUAGUACAAUCUAGGGUACAACGAUACAAUGAUUUAUGUCAACGCGCAAUGAAACUGAGUGAAGAGGGAUCUCUUUCUCUGGACAGUUUUAGUUAUGCAAUGGGUGCACUAGAUGAAGCUUUUGGAACCUGUGUGAAUAUGAAUAAUUCUAGUAAGAGCCUCACAGAAGCUGGCACAUCAGACACACAUGGUCUACUCUGCAUUGAAGAAGACAACCAAAGUAGAAGCACGGGGAAGACAAAUAAAAAAAAGAAUCCAACGAAGAAAAGAAAGGUGAACUCUGAAUCUGAUGUUAUGACUGUUGGGGCACAAGAAAGCUUGCAGCAAAUGGACAAAGUAAGCUCAAGAGCAGUAACCCUUGAUAGCUACUACAGCACACAACAGGGGAUGCAAGGAAUGGUACAACUGAACUUAAUGGCACCAACACGUGAUAAUUACUAUGGGAAUCAACAGACCAUUCAGGGGCUGGGGCAAUUGAACUCAAUAGCACCAAGCCACGAUGGUUAUUACAGUGCUCCACAAAGCAUGCAUGGGCUGGGACAGAUGGAUUUUUUCCGAACUCCAACUGGUUUCACUUAUGGCAUUCGAGAUGAUCCCAAUGUGAGGGCUGCACAGUUGCAUGAUGAUGCAUCCAGACAUGCCUGAGAAACACGUUUCUCAUCAUAAAGGUGAGACCUAGAAGCUAAUUGUCUCUGUGAAGAACUGAAAAAUCUAUCAUGCCUGGUGGAUGGAACUGGAAGGAUCACGAUGUAGCCUCUUCCUUUGUUGUCUGUAAAAUAAGAUAAGAUUGAGUAGGCUGUUAUAUGUUCACCGUCUCUUUUGAUUAUUCCCUGAGAGUUGGAACAGAUUCGAGGUAGGGGGGGUUGUAUCUCUUGUAAAGUUUCUUGUAUUAUUAUUGUAUCUGUGAUAGGAGCAGCAGUCGAAAUCGGUACAACUUAACUAGUUCAUUAUCAUUGGCUAAUAUGCCAUCUUUGUAUUUUGUAGCCCACAAGUGUUGGCAGUUGCAAGAAUGUUGAAAAUUAGUUCACUUUGUUGAAUGUACCACUUCUGUUUACCC